AUGGGUUCAUUACGCACGUCUUGGACACUUUUCUGCUCUGCAGCAGUGGUCUUCGCUGGGACUUCAUUGGCUGAACAUGUCAUCCACGAGCGUUCAGUAGAGUCUAAGGGAGAAUGGGUUAAGAUAGGCGGUAUCAAUCGCAAUGGCCAUCUGCCUGUAAGCAUUGGACUGACCCAGCGGAAUCUCGAUCUUGGUCACCAACUGCUCAUGGAAAGGUCUAAUCCUGACUCGCCCAAUUAUGGCCAGCAUAUGACCCGAGAUGAGGUGAACGAUCUGUUUGCACCCCACGAUGACAGCGUGGAUGCGGUUCACAGUUGGCUCGAAGCUGAGGGCAUCGAGUUGGACCGCGUGUAUCGAUCAGACAAUCGCCAAUGGGUACAAUUUCAUGCUACUGUAGGGGAGCUUGAGAAACUCCUUAAUGCAACCUACGACAUAUAUGAGAACCAGAAGACUGGUAUUCGUCAAGUUGGGACAGACGAAUACUCGAUCCCGGCUGAUCUUAUGGACCAUAUUGACUACAUUACCCCAGCAAUUACAAGGCUACAGAUCGCUGGUGACGUUGAGAAGCGGCGGGUUCGUCGGGAGGUCAAUACUAAGAAGGAUGAUGUGAUCCCCGCAGCUCCGUUAGGUGGCCAAGACGUCACGAGCAACUGCAACGAUUUCAUCACACCCCGUUGUAUUCGUAACAUGUACAACAUACCUAUCUUUGAUGAUGCCGUCGAGGGUAAUGAACUGGGCAUCUACGAGCGACAGCCGUACAACCAAACCGGGUUGAGCAUCUUCUUUGAGAAAUUCGCAACACAUAUUCCUACCAACACUACGCCUCUAUUUACUGCAAUUGAUGGUGCUCAGAGAUUCAGUGAUCAGGAUACCCCCCACGUUACAGGCGACCUCGAAGCCAUGCUGGACAUAACCUGCGCCUACCCGAUUGUGUAUCCCCAAAAUAUCCAUGUUUACAACGUCGACGACCUCAAUUACCAAGUAAACUUGACCCAAGGUUAUUUCAACACCUUCCUUGAUGCUCUUGAUGGCAGUUAUUGCAACCGCACUGCUUUUAACAUUACGGGUGAUAGCCCCGAGUACGACCCAGUCUACCCAGACCCGAAUGGUUUCAAGGGAGAGAGGAUGUGCGGCCUGUUCAAACCUACCAACGUCAUUUCCAUCUCUUACAGCCCAGAAGAACAACAGCGAAGCGUAAAUUAUGACAGACGCCAGUGCAGUGAGUGGAUGAAGCUCAGUCUACAAGGCGUGACGAUAGUCGGAGCAACAGGCGAUUUCGGCGUUGCUGGCAACGGAGGCGACUGUAUCGAAGAUGCAAACGGUCAUAGCGACGGUAAAGAGGGUAACGAGAUCGCUACCAGCGAUUUAUUCUCCAGCGGUGGAUUCUCGAAUAUUUACCCUACCCCUGACUGGCAAAAGAGUGCCGUUGACAAGUACUUUGAUGAAAAUCCAACGCCGUACAAGUUCUACAACACCUCGGAGGGCAAGAACAUCGGCGCAGGCGGCGGCAUCUUCAAUCGUGGAGGCCGCGGGUUCCCUGAUAUCUCAGCAGUUGGUUAUCGUGUCAUCACGGUUGAUUUCAACGACGUCUUCAUCGGUGGCGGUACAUCAGCAGCCGCCCCAAUUGUCGCCGGUAUUCUUACUCGAAUUAACACUGAGCGAUUGAAGGCGGGCAUGCCAACCCUCGGCUUUGUAACUCCAGCCUUGUAUGCUAAUCCCAGCGUCCUCAACGAUGUCACAGUGGGUAACUCAUCUGGCUGUAAUACGCCUGGCUUUUUGGCCGCCAAGGGUUGGGAUCCGGUGACAGGUUUGGGUACUCCAGAUUACCCCAGGAUGUUGGAAUACUUCAUGAGCUUGGGUUCGAAAUGA